UACAUUUACAUCCCAUUAGGAGGCUCUCACCAUGGGCUGCUGUGGAAGAUGCUGUCCACGGCUCUGGCAUUUGGCUUUGUGUGUUUCUGGCAUGGAGGACAUGACUACCUACAGUACUGGGCUCUGAUGAACUGGGUCGGGGUGCUGGUGGAGAAUGGAGUGACGAUCCUCCUCUCUUCUCCCCUCGUCUAUCCAUCUAUUGUAAGUGACUGAAGUCCUUACUCACCUUAGCUCUCAUCUACCCCUCUAUUGUUUGUGAGAACACAUGAUUGUAAAUGAAUGAAUGAUUGACCGUCACAGGUUUUGCAAAUGUGUGCGAAAAUGGAAUCAACCUAUCGAUUUCCCCGGACAUUGCCUUAACUCAUGUGUCUGUAGAACGGUCCCAACUACUUUUUACUGAAUUACUAACUGUUCCUCUAAGGCUCUUUGAAAUUAAUCUGGUCUUUCCGUGUGGGUGGGGUUGGUGUCUGUGUGGGUGUUUGUGUGUUGGUGUCUGUCUGUAUAUGUUUGAACGCACUGCUCUGUGUUGACUGCGAUUUACAGCAAAGCCAUAAAAACGAUGUGGGAGGACUUAUCAGCUCAACCCACACACACUCGCACGCAUGAACACACACACACACACACACACAAAGUGCUUAGUCAAGCCUGGGUCUGUUGGCUGACUCUCCAUCACACUGGAAGGGGAGUGAAGCUGAGGCCUGGACCCUCUCCCUUCUUUAUUUCGCUCUCUUUUAGCUUCUCUCUCCUUCUCUGCCUCUCUCUCUCUCUCUCGCUCGCUCUCUCUUUCUCUCUCUCUGGGAGAAUCUUGAAUCCUUGCGUCCUCUUUUGAAAAAGGUUAAAGUUAUUCGAGGAGAGAAAACGUGGAAACAAAUGCACUUGUAUGAAAUGAGACUCCUCUAGCGUGUCCUCAGGCAAAUGACUUUGGAAUCCCGAAAUACAUGUGAAUGUGGUAAAAAGAAAUUAGCUAGUUGUGCUAGACAUUUUAUAGAUAAAAGGAUACGCAGCUUAUUGUUUUUAAAUGUGUGUAUGCUUUUAUCAUCACAGACAGCUCUUUCAAAGGGGGUGUGACGGAUUUCAAAACUCUUCCACGGUAGGAUACACCUGAGCAUCCUACACUGGAGGAGGCAAUUUAGGAGAGGAGUAAACUCCUCUGUUCUCUUAUUAACUAAAUGACACUCUCUUACAUAUGACAACCACUUAUCGGUUCCCUUUCGGUCAGUCAACUUCAGUACAACAUACUAUGGGGGAGUCGCACUCUAGCGACUUGAAGGAUCUACAAUCACGCCUGACAAGGCCAAUGAAAUCCGCGCCUCGCUGGAAGCCAUGCCUUACACAGGUGAUAAGGCUCAGAUUCAUUCCUUAAAUUAUUCCGCUCUUCACCUCGGUGUGAAACAAAACGAUUCACGCUACUAAAACAAACAAGACUGUCUUACGUUGCGCCAAAUAAACUGUCCCUUAGUGGUAGAGCUUGCCCGCCCCCUGGACGUUGUGCGCUGAAGUUUGUGUGGUUGUCAUAAGUUUCCUAAUCAAUCAUUAGUUAUUCUUCUAAUUGCUUGGCCUGUCUAUAGCAAUAGGUAAGAUGGCUAACGUGACCGAAACAAUGAAAGCUAACAAGCCGGGUUCGGGUUUGCAACCAUGCCCCAAUGAAUUAAAAGAUACUCACGUUGGUUGUCUUGUAUGUCUCGGCUCGGUGCAUGCUCAGGCUGCCCUCGCUCAAAUCUGUUUGUGUGGGAGACUAGGGGACGGCUGGCACUGUCCUUUAGGGGGCUUGGUGUUUCCGAUAGUGACUUCCUCUCCCGGGUGCCCUUACCUCAGCUGAGUCUGCGUUGCGGGACGCGGAGGUGGUUUGGGUCAUUGGUCUAGUCAAAUGUCUCCCGGUUCCUGUGUUAUGCUCUGUCAACAGUUACGGGACGCUUCUCUGAGAGAGGGCGACCAGGUUCUGUGGGUAUCCCCCCCACCGCCUGUGUCUGCCUUGAUUAGGCACCGCUUGCCUCUCUUCCCAGAAGGGUCUGGAUCCCACCUGGGUGAUCCGGUCCUACGCACACUUUCAAGACCAGGCUAGCUAACAAGCGCUGCAUAGCGUGCUAGCCGGGUAAGCUAACGCACCGAGGCGAGCUAGCUACUACUAGCUAGCUAUCUUGUUUAGUAUAUACUGUACGUAGCGUUAAGUCGCUUGGUUAUUCUAAACGGACCGUGCUGCGGUCAGAGGCUAGCUAGCCUAGCUUAGACUAAAGAGCCUCCUGGCUAACGUCGGCUAGCAUGCAUAACUGUAAAUGAUGCUUACUAGCCCUGCCUACAACCCCAUUCCUUUUUUCAAUUCCUGGAGUUGGAGGGAAUAGAGAGGGUGAGGAUUGCGUGCUCCUCCCCUGAGCAGCUGCACAACUCCACAAAAACAUUGCUGUGACGACGGUGCCCACACGUUUCUUUUACGGCAAAUGGGGUAUUAUGUCUGACAUUGCGGGAGCCCUCUGUGCCCAUAAGAGGGCUGGGCUUCAUGCAGGCUAUACAGUCUUACGGAAGCACAAUGUGUGUUGGAAACUUGUCCCUGUUUAAUGCCCCUCUGGUACCCCGCGUUCCAUGGUGUUCAUGUGGUGGUUGGUAGCGGAGUCCAGCAGGGUUGGACACGACCAUGCUAUUAUCCAACACACCGUCUCUGUGGUUCAUAUGGACUCUGAAAUUAGCUGUCUUUCUCCAGCUCACCACUUUCUAUUCCUGGGAAUUCGAUUCAAUUACGAAUCGCCCCUGUCUGUUACCACAGAAGGGGUUUGUUUUUCUGAGCUGUCUGUUCCAAUCCCAGCUACAAAUUUUUUUCCCUGGGUCUAUUUUUAAUGUGUGUGGUCCAGUGCUGGGUGCCAGCUGGUUACCGUAAUGCAUCUUACCGCCUUAAACGAGUGAGGUUUGUUGUGACAACAGUACUCCCAGGUGGUACUGCCAAUCGGGGUUCGUCACUGAUCGCCGAAGCCCUUGUACCGAGAGUGGGCCAGGCUUUAGGCAAACUCCAGAGUUACACAGUGUUCACAGGUGUCCAAAAGUGUUGUCUUCCGUAUGUGAGUUCGAUGAAAAGUGUCCCUUCUCCAUGUUCAGACACACGGUUGUCAAGAGUGGUGGAAAUGGAAGAAGAACCAAUCUCUCCCAGUCCACAAGAUGGCGUCCCGUCAGGGUACAGGCUACAAUUUGUUGUGUGUCCCCCACGCUUCUGCAUCAUCAUUAUGUUGACUGUUCUGGAGGCCUCAGCGCCCGUUUUGAGUGAGAAUAUAUCGCCUCCAUCUCCAGAAGCAGGCAAUCUGAAUGGUUCCUGUGUCGAAGAUCCAGGACAGCUGGUACAGCCGGUAUGUCCUGGUUCCGAAAAGGGACGGAAUGCUCAGAAUGCUCACGAGCCGCCGACUAUUACAGCCGAUUGGCUGGUCCAGGGGACAAGUGACAUUACACACAUCCAUGCUGCUGUCCCGUAUUCAGUCUCUAGGCUUCAUAAGAAAGCAGAAAAAUAGCUGUUUGACUCUAUCUCAGCGCAUUUCGUUUCUGGGUCUUGAGCUAGAUUCCAUGGAGGAUGUCUUGGUUCAAAUUUCGGCUGGGUCACACAGUGCAUUUUUGCCAAUGCUGACUGGGGAUGAUAGCUUCUGUGAUGGAAGUCGUUCCCGUGGGGCUAUUGUUGAUGCGGCCCUUCUAGCACUAAGUGCUAGCCACUCACCUGGAAACAUCUUGAGCAGUCGCUUCGGGUGUCCCUGUCAUGCUAUUGUCAGGGGACUCCCAUGGGCUGAGUUGUAUCCCGCAAGGUGAUCACGACAGACACAUCCCUCCGAGGGUGGGGUGCGCUGUACGACGGCACCUCGAUUCGGGGUGUAUGGACACUGGUGCGGAGCGCACUGCAUAUAAUUUACCCGGAGCUCUUAAUGGUGUAUCUGGCGCUCAGGUGCUUCCCCCUGCCUUUGUUGGGCCGGCUUGUGCUGGUCAGAACCAACAAAGUGCAUCAACAGACAUGGCUCACUCCCUAUUGCUGUGGAGCAGUUCGCACAUGCUCUCGCUUUGGACGACGCAUGUCCCCGGUUGCCUCAACUAAGGUGCAGAUAUUUUAUCCAGGUGAGACACUCUCUCUCAGGAGUGGAUGCUACAUCCCUGGGUGGUCUCCAUAAUAUGGGAAAUGUUCAGCAGGGCCGACGUAGAGCUUUACGCAUCACGAGAAAAUGCGUAGUGUCGUCUAUUUUUCUCGAUGAGGGACCCGAGUGCCCCGUUGGGAACAGACGCUCUGUCACACCAGAGGCCUCGGACCCUCCUUUACGCGUUUCCGCCAGUGGUUCUGAUUCAGCCCACGAUGAAGAGGGUGAGCCGGCAGGGCUUAUUAUUGAUUAUUGUGGCUCCCUGUUGGCCCAGACAGCCUUGGUUCAGGCGCAUGGGCAGGUUUGGCAAGCGAGGCUGGAGAUUUGGUUCCUAUGGGCCUGGCCCCGGAGAGGGCCUAUCUGAUGGCUAGAGGUUUACCUCUGGAUGUUAUUGCUACCAUUCAGUCUGCAAGGGCACCCUUACACGAGAGCGCUGUAUGUGUGUGAAUAUGUGGCAAGCAUUUGAUCUCUGGUGCCAGGAUAAAGGACUGUGAGGGACAUCCUUAUGUUCCUACAGGAGCUUUUUGAGCAGGGGCGGGCAUUUUCCACGUUAAACGUGUACAUGGCUAUCUAAGGGUGUCAUGUGGGAAUUGACGGAGCCUAACAUGGGGCCCACCCCCUGGUUGUGCAGUUCCUGAAAGGUGUACGUUGUCUCAGACCAGUCUUUAAACCUAUUGCGCCCACAUGGGACAUGGCGCUAGUUUUAGAGGCACUGUGUGCGGCCCCCUUUGAGCCUCUGGAGUCGUUGGAUCUGAAGAUCAUGUCUUACAAAACCUCCCUGCUCAUGGCUUUGGCCUCGGCUAAACAUGUUGGGGAUUUUCACGCGUUAUCCGGCACUCAGUUCCCCCGGGCGACUCUGUGACAUUGCGUCCAAAUGCGGCCUUCGCCCCGAAAAUCAUGUCUAUGUCCUACAGGUCCUUUUGAGUUAUUUUUCUUUUGCUUCUGAAGAGCAACAGAGCUUGUGUCCUGUGUCCAUUGUGAGCUUUACGCACAUACAUUGAACGGACCCAGGAUAUCUGGUUAGUUGACCAGCUUUUUUUUUUUUUUUUGCUGAUCCAGCUGCGGCAGGCCACUCUCCCCCUGGCAUAUAGCAGCAAGGGGCAAGGGUGACCUAGCGGUGUACGCGCCCACUCCACCAGGGGUCUGGCAGUGUCUUGGGUGUUGUUUAAAGGGUUGACUAUAGGAGAUAUUUGUGCUGCGGCGAGUUGGGCAUCACCACACACUUUUAUAAGGUUUUAUCGCUUGGAUGUCACUGCUCCCAGUGUAGCCCCAGUGUGCUUACUGCUGGGACAUGGGAACGUCUCUAGGCUGCGCACCGUGUGCGCAAUACCCAGACUGCUGCAUCUGGCGGGGUCAGGUCUGGGUGGUCUGCCAUGGGCCGUUUUCUUUUAGUAUCCGUUGGGGUCGGCUUGGGGCAUGAUUAUAUUUCCCCAUAGCAUGUUGUACCGAAGUUGACUGACUGAAAGGGAACAUAACGUACUGUUCCCUGAAGGAGGGAAACUGGGUACAACACCCACAUCUUUCUAUUACACUUCUCACUGCACCCAUUCCACAUGAUUGUCAUUCUGCAGUUUAUCGUAGUUUAUCAGUCUACACCCCUCUACUCCUUCCGCCCUCGAGCCUCCCAGCCCACUCCUUCUGACCAGGCUGCCUGUGUGUGUGUGUCCUGCAGUAUGCUGCAGUGUUUCCGCUAGAUUAGUCUCUUCUAGGUGGAGCGCAAAGCAACAUCCAGGUCAAUUGAAACCAACAGAAGCCAAACUCUUUUAGGCAGGAGGGAACACAGCUAGAUGUGUGUGUGUGUGUCUGCCUGUGUGUUUUAUGACAGUGAUAGGAUGAUUGAUGAGGGGAAGUAGGGAUGCUUCUGCUGAUUUCCGCAAGUCUCCUAUUCUCCCUCUUCCACUGCCCCACCUCCCUCCCUCCUCUCCGCCCAGUUCCUAUUUCUCUCCCCAGGCAGCUAUUUGUUUAGCUCCCUCACCUCCUUCACCAGAAAUGAAGGGAAUUAUUACAGAUGGCUACAGUAGUACUGAAAAAUGUGUCAUGAACCGUAAACAGUUCCAUUCCCCUGCUCAGCAUGUGUGAAUGAGACUUUAUUUUUAGGCUCGUACAGAUGGACCUAAUGCUUUUUAAUUAAACUCACUAGUUCAGGUAUGAUAGUAGGUUGUUCCUGAGUGGCGCAGUGGUCUAAGGCACUGCAUCGCAGUGCUAGCUGUGCCACUAGAGAUCCUGGUUCGAAUCCAGGCUCUGUCGCAGCCGGCCGCGACCGGGAGACUCAUGGGCAGCGCACAAUUGGCCUAGCGUUGUCCAGGGUAGGGGAGGGAAUGGCCGGCAGGGAUGUAGCUCAGUUGAUAGAGCAUGGCGUUUGCAACGCCAGGGUUGUGGGUUCAAUUCCCACGGGGGACCAGUAUGAAAAAAAAUAUAUAUAUGUAUUCACUAACUGUAAGUCGCUCUGGAUAAGAGCGUCUGCUAAAUGACUAAAAUGUAAAUGUAAUGUAAAUGUUGUUCCUCCCUCUGUAACUGGUAUGGUAGUGACAUCUUGUUGCUCCUCCCUCAGUAACUGGUAUGGUAGUGGCAUCUUGUUGCUCCUCCCUCUGUAACUGUUAUGGUAGUGACAUCUUGUUGCUCCUCCCUCUGUAACUGUUAUGGUAGUGACAUCUUGUUGCUCCUCCCCCUGUAACUGUUAUGGUAGUGACAUCUUGUUGCUCCUCCCUCUGUAACUGUUAUGGUAGUGACUAGGGAUGUGAAUUGAGAUCGUAAAAAAACACAUUGCAGUUAUCACAAAACUACCACUAACAGGUCCCAAUCAUCAUCAUCAUAUAGAGGGGAAAAAAACUACGAACACUUAACGCAACAAUGCUGUAACGUUAGUUUUUUUAGCUAGUUUAUUAACUGGAAGUGUAAUGCGCAGCAACUCAAACAAGGAGUGGGGAAGGGGCCAUGCAGUGUGCGUCUGUGAGUGACGAGGGGAGCAGGGAGGGGGAGAGAUGUGCUGGUAGACUAACUUAUUGCUAGUUAUUUAUCAUCUCAUCUGAUUACAUAGUACCUGUCUUGUUCUUGACUGCAUCAAACCAAGAGAAGCUAGUUAACAACAACUCUAUUCAGCCUACCUGUUGGCUAUUGGUGUGGUAGCCUGUCCUUCUCAUUUCACUUUUAGUUCUGUCAUUUUAAUUCCAUCUUCCAUUGAUUAGUAUAGAUACUGUAUCUCCUAUUAACUUGCCUAGUGAUGGUUUGAUGACUUGUAAUUGUAUGAAAACAACAACAAGCUACAUGUGCCACUCUCCUGAAAAGAGGAAAGCGUGAUGUAGACCAUCUGCAUUGUGAAUUCACUUGGAAUUUUACAAAAUGUUCUUAUCGCGUUAACGGAAAAACCGAUAACAAAAGCACUGUUUAAACGUUAAGAAACAUUGUCCAGUUGUCACAUACCUAGUAGUGACAGCAUGCUGCUCCUCCCUCUGUAGGAGUGCUGUCUCUCCCCGGAGGCCUUCUCCACUGUAAUAUUUAUGUUGCCCCUCCCUCUGUAUGUUACUGUAACUGUUAUGUUGCCCCUCCCUCUGUAUGUUACUGUAACUGUUAUGUUGCCCCUCCCUCUGUAUGUUACUGUAACUGUUAUGUUGCUCUUUCCUCUGUAUGUGACUGUAACUGUUAUGAUAGUGACUGCAUUACUCCUCCUAUCUCUAGGAGCGCUGUAUCUCCCCGGCCAUGAGGAGGCGAUGUUUGGCUCUCAUCUCAGCCUUCUCCACAGCCAUGCUCAUCCUGUCCAACCUCAUCUUCCUUGGGGGAAACCAUGUCGGCAGGAUCAUGUGGAAGAGGGUCUUCAUACAAGGUGAGUUAUCUACUAUAUCAACCCAAUAA